GGGCAAACAUCAACUUACUGGAUUGACUCUGAAGACAGAAAUCAGAAGGAUGCAGGGGCGGACUGACAACUCAUGGGGCCCCUGGGCAAUAGGGGAUCAUGGGGCCCCUGUGUCCUUGCCCAAACUCAAAAAAGCCUAUGAAAAAGGUACCAGGGGCAUCUCAUGGGGCCCCUUACUGACCCCGGGCCCUCGGGCACUGCCCAAGUUUCCAAAUGGUCAGUCCGCCCCUGGUAGG